AUGAAUAUGACAGUUAAGCUUAUUAGAAAAUCUAAAAAAUACAAUAUAUGUACUAAAAUUGAUAAGGAUAAAAGUAGUAAGCAAUAAAGAAGGAUUUAAUAGUAACUCAAUUAAUCACAUAAACCGAAUUCAAAUUUUUAAAACUCAAUAUGUGAUAUAAAUUCAUCAGUCAUAAGUAGUUAAGAUCCUAAUUGUAUGAUUUUUUGACUUAUUUAGUAGUUGGUGAUAUAACUGAAAAUUUAGACGGCGUUUAUUCGCAUUAAUUGAUGAAUAAAAAUGAUUAAAAGAUAACCAAAGCCUCUAAUGAUUCAAAAAACAAAUUAAUACGCUAUUCAACGAAAAGAAAAAAGGAUUUGAAAAGAAAAAAAUAAAGGAAUAGAGGAAAAUAGUUUACAUUAGAAGAAGAUAAAAGAUUGUUAAGCUAUAUUUUAAAGAAGGGGCCUAAGUUUCAUAAGUUUUCAAGAUAUUUUCCAGGAAAGACUACAAAUGUGCUUAAGAAUAGAUAUUAUAAAUCACUAAGAUUUAUAUGGGAUCAAAUUCUUGGAAAGUAUUUAUAUAUAUCAUUUUAGUGAAUAUUAACAUAUGAACGCAACAUCUGAAGAAUUUACACCUAUGAUAACUGA